UGUAUAACCGGAUUAAAUUGAUCCGCAUCUACAUUCACUCUUCAAAAAAUAAACAUAACCUGUAAACACGUGUAAUUUGACAAUCAGUAUCCAUGAGUUUGUGAUUUGGAUGGACGUUGGUGAAUAACAGUGAACAUGGUACGAAAACAGAACAAUCAGUUGCCAGAAAAUCUGCCACAACUGCAGAACUUGAUCAAACGUGACGCAGCGUCGUAUCAUGAGGAAUUUCAGCAGCAAUAUCAACAUUUUCAAAACACACUUGAAGUGUUUCAACUUUCGCCGGAUCAACCCAACAAAACGCUCGAUGAUUUGGUUAUGUUUAUGGCACAAGUGGCACAAUGCUAUCCGCAGGAAUUGUCUACGUUUCCGCAACAAUUAAUUGACUUGCUGGAAAGGCAUAAUACAGUUUUGGACAACUCAAUGCGAAUGACAUUUUGUAAAGCUUUGAUUUUAUUGAGGAACAAAAACCUUUUGGCACCUACAGAUCUUCUAGAGUUGUUUUUUAAAUUAUUGAGGUGUCAAGACAAAGCUUUGAGGACGUUUUUGGAAACACACAUUAUCACUGACAUUAAAAAUUUGAAUGCAAAACAUAAGAAUGCUAAGCUCAAUACAACUCUACAGAACUUCAUGUUCACAAUGUUAAAAGAUACAAACACAAGAGCUGCAAAAAUGUCUGUUGACAUUAUGAUUGAGCUCUACAAGAAGAAUGUGUGGAAUGAUGCCAAAACUGUUAAUGUAAUUGCUAGUGGCUGUUUCUCAAAAAUCACAAAGGUGAUGGUUGCAUCAUUAAAAUUUUUCUUAGGUAAAGAUGAAGAUGAGAAAAACUCGGAUGACUCAGAUUCAGAAGAGGAUAUUGAUGUUAAAGAAGCUGCAAUGGCUACCAGGGUGAAUAAGAAGACUAGGAAAAGAGAAAAGCAACUGAAUAAAGUCAAGAAACUGGCGGCAAAACAAUAUAAAAAAAGGGCAAAAGGAGAAACAUUUAAUUUUUCUGCAUUGCAUUUAAUACACGACCCACAAGGCAUGGCUGAAAAGCUCUUCAAACAAUUGGAGGCAACAAACAAGAGAUUUGAAGUAAAACUAAUGACGCUGGACGUUAUAUCUCGCUUAAUCGGUUUGCACAGCCUCUUCGUCUUCAACUUUUACCCCUACAUUCAGCGCUUCAUGCAGCCACAUCAGAGGGAAGUCACGAGAAUUCUUCAGUUCGCCGCCCAGGCCAGUCAUGACCUGGUACCGCCGGAUGUGAUAGAACCAAUUCUUAAAACUUUGGCUAAUAAUUUCAUAACUGAACGAAAUUCCUCGGAUGUGAUGGCCAUAGGUUUGAACGCCGUGAGGGAAAUAUGUCUCAGGUGUCCGUUGGCAAUCGACGAAGAUCUGUUGCGGGAUUUGGCGCAAUAUAAGACGUACAAGGACAGGGCUGUGAUGAUGGCAGCUAGAUCUUUAAUUCAGUUGUUUAGACAGACGCGACCAGAUCUGUUGCAUAAGAAGGACAGAGGACGUCCUACUGAAGCAACUGAGGAAAUUGAAGAGAUCACUUAUGGCAAAGUUGAUGCCAAGGAUUACGUUCCUGGCGCAGAGGUUCUGCUGAGUGAGGACAAAAAGGAUGUUGAAAUUGAUUCUGAGUCGGGCUCAGAUGAUGAACAGUGGAUUGACAUUCAGCACUCAGAUGAUGAAGUGGGAGCAGAUGAUGGAGAGGAAGGUUCAGAUGAGGAACUGGAUGAAGAGGAUGAAGAUGAAGAAGAAGGUGAAGGAGACACCACAAAGGAAAGUGUAGAUGAAGAAAAAAAGGAAAGGAAAAUACUGAAGGCAAACCACAAACUAAAAGAAAAAAAGGAGUUGGCACAUAAAGUAACUUUAGAAAGAUUGUUAACAGAUGAAGAUUUUAAGAGAAUAGACAUGGCAAAUGUGAGGAAGCAAGUUAAGAGUACCAGUAAGGGCUUAAAACGUAAAGUUGAAGAGGAAAGUUUGCAAAGAUCUGACCUGGUUAAACUUAGCGAUAUUGAAAACAUUUACAAAAAACGUAAACACGACAAACAAACCAGAAUAGAGAGUGUGAAAAGUGGUCAGGUUGACAGAGAAAAGUUUGGAUACAAAGAUGGAAGAAUGAAUGAACAUUGCUCUAAAACAAAUAGGGAAAAGAAGAAGAACAAAAACUUCCAGAUGAUCAGGCACAAGGCAAAAGGGAAAGUUAAGAGGAGUUUUAAGGAUAAACAAAUCGCGUUGAGAAAUCAUUUAUUGAAGUUAAAGAAAAUGAAAUAAUUUGUUUUGUAUAUUUAUAUUAAUAAAUAUUAUUAAUUUUUAA